UGACCGGCAGGGUUGUCAUGUCUUUGUUGCCUCAGUUGCACGUCAAAUGUUGUGAAUAGAAGUGCGGGAUUAUAUGGAAAAAUAACUGUUAUAUUCACAGGAGACACCGGUUCAAACGUUGCCCGCAACAGUAAAACCACCCUAAAGAUGGAGGAAAAGCUGAAUGGAUCACUACCUGUUGUCUCCCCGGAGUAUCUUCAUCAGUGGGUUCAGUCUGCCCAGCAGUUUAACGCCCUCCGGGCCCAAUAUUCCAACUUCCACCCCAACCAUCAGUUUCCCCACCCAGCAGAUCUGAGUGGAGAGGCAGCCGUGGCACACAUGGCCAACCCGGAGCCCGCGAUGGAUCAGCAGGAGCCAGCCAACCCCGCAAAACCCCCGCCCAAAAAAAGAGGCAGACCAGCUCAACCCAAGGAACCAGGUGCACCCAAACCCCCAAAAGUCCCCAAGGCCCCCAAGGCGCCCAAGGCCCCAAAGGCCCCCAAGGCCCCAAAGCCACCGAAGGCCCCCAAGCCGCCAAAAGACCCAAAUGCGCCAAAAGCAAAACCAGGUCCGAAGCCCAAGAAGGGCGCCGAAGGUCAGGCGGACGGCAAACAGGAGAAGAUCGACGAGAGCUUCAAGAAGGUGAAGAGGAAAGUGGACCGCUUCAAGGGAAUGUCGGAGGAGGAGGUCAUGAAGAAGACUCUACCAGACCUGCUGGACUACAACCUGGACUACGUCAUUAUCGGCAUCAACCCAGGGCUGAUGGCGGCUUUCAUUGGGAGAUGGUUUCCAGGUCCUGGAAAUCACUUUUGGAAAUGCCUUUUCCUGUCUGGCUUCACCGAGGAGCAGCUGAACCACAUGCAUGACACCACCCUGCCUGUCAAGUACAAAAUGGGCUUCACCAACAUGGUGGCCCGGGCGACGCCAGGCAGCAAAGACCUCUCCAGUAAAGAGCUGCGUGAAGGAGGGAAAAUACUGGUGGAGAAGUUACGGAAGUUCAAGCCUCUCAUCGCCGUGUUCAAUGGAAAAUGCAUCUAUGAAAUGUUCUGCAGAGAGCUGUUUGGCAAAAAACCAACAAAGUUAGAGUUUGGUUUGCAGCCACACAAGAUCCCCGACUGUGAAGUGGCUCUAUAUCUGAUGCCUUCAUCCAGCGCCCGCUGUGCCCAGUUCCCGCGUGCUCAGGACAAAGUUCACUUUUACAUCAAGCUGAGGGAGCUCAGGGAUCAGCUGAAGGGCGUCCAAAGAAAUACCGACAUCGAGGAGGUUCAGUACUCGUUUGACCUUCAGCUGGCCAAAGAGGAUGCUAAGAGGCUGGCCAUCAAGGAGGAGCAGUACGACCCGGGUUAUGAAGAUGCCUAUGGCGGCGCGUACACCGAGAGGGGAGCUGAGGGCGAUCAGCCCCAAAGCCAAACCAACGGUCACUGCACGUUCUCAGCUGACAAAGGCACAGACGGCGCGCAGGAGGCGACCACGUCACAGUCGGCCGAGGGCCAGCUCCCAGACGGACAGUGGAUGACGCAGUCGUUCGCAGAUCAGAUCCCAGACAUCAGCGGAGCGCCAAAGGAAGGCAGCGUAUGAAGAGAACCGGCUUCACGACGAGCACAGACUUCCUCCAGCUCGCCGCCCCGCCUCCGUGUUGGGUUUUAGAUUUACCUUUUUAUUAGUGUCCAGUUGGAAUAUAAACCUAUAGACGGACUUAUUUGUUUUUAGAAAAUUGGCAGGAUGCCGUUUCUGUACAUUUUAUUUUCUACAUCCGUGGUCUUGUGAACACAUGCAAUCAUCUUGACGACACUCUUUUUAAACACGUGAAAUCAGGGACUUGACAAUGAUGCUUGACUGUCUUUGGAGGAGGUCAUGCAUUUAAAUGUUUGUUUUGCCUCGUACUGUACUGUACUGCACCGCGAUGCAGUAAGUCUCGACACGGACAUCUACUGUUUGGGCAGUAGGUGCGACUCCGGGCGCCGGCUCCAGCAGUGUGAGCCUCUACGAGUCUCCGUCUGCCGCCAGCUCGCAUUAACGUCUCACUUCAUGGUGCUAUGAACUGUACAUAUGCAAAAAUGACCACUGGAGGAAACCGGAGUCACUGUCUCACUGGAAGACUUCGGACACGCCUUUCAAAAUGUUACAAAACUCAAAGUGGGUUUGAUUUUAUUCUCUUAUCAACUUUUAUUGCUUUAGUAAUUAUAGAAUUAUGUCCUAUGUUCACGGAAAUGUCAUUCACAAGGAGUUUUAUGAAACUUUU